CUACAACCAUAUGGUCCAUAUCGAGGGUAACAAUUUAACCUGAUUUCAGCUUAAUGCCUUAAUUGGCUAUUUAUUACCUAUUCCACCGAGGGUCACAAUUUUCAUUAAUUAAAAGUUUUUAAAAAGUCCAAAUGACACUAGUAAUUUUCAAUCUAAUUUUAUGUUCCCACUGUUUUAAUUUUUUCUCAAAGGGAAAAGGACGUCUGUACAGAAACACACAGCACACCAAACUCUCCUAACUCAAAGUCAACAAUGGCGUAAUUUAAAUUAUUAAUAACAUGUAUCUCAACUAUAUUAAGGAAUUUCUGAUUAGUUCAACGAAUUGUAAUAUGCUGAAAAAUUGCCCUGAGGAAAAAGUAAUAAUCGGAAAUGGAGGUCAAACGAAGGGCGGUGAAGAACCUCGUUACGAAGCUGAGUUCCGUAUCGGAGCAAAUCCGAACCGAAGCAAUUUGUGAACUCAGAUUAAUUUCAAAGAACGAUUCCGACAGCAGGCCGUUGAUCGCCGACGCUGGAGCGAUUCCGUACUUGUCGGAAUCGUUGUACUCUUCGAACAAACUGUCUCAGGAGAACGCAACCGCCACGUUGCAUAAUCUCUCAAUUUCCAACAAGGAUUUGUUGAUGUCCACGCGCGGGCUCCUCGAUGCGCUCUCCCACGCGCUCCGGAAUCCUUCUUCUCCGUUCGUAGCUCAGUGCGCCGCCGCGACGAUAUUCAGCUUAUUGACCGCGGAGACUUAUCGGCCGAUAAUUGGGCACAAGAGGGAUAUUCUAUUCGGGCUUAUUGAUAUAAUUAAGAACCCUAAUUCGGAUUCUAGAACUGUUAAAGAUGCGCUUAAAGCGCUUUUUGGUAUAGCGCUUUAUCCGUUGAAUCGUGCUCAAAUUAUCGAGCUUGGAGCUGUACCCCCGUUGUUUUCGUUGCUUUGUAAUGACGGUAGAGUUGGGAUAUUGGAGGAUGUUACAGCUGUGAUCGCGCAAAUUGCUGGUUGUGAUGAGAGCUGGGAGGCGUUUAGGAGGAUAUCAGGGGUUGGUGUAUUGGUGGAUUUGUUGGAUAGUUCAACUGGAUCAAGCAGUAGAACUAAAGAGAACGCAGUUUCAGCUUUGCUGAAUUUGGUGCAAUGUGGCGGAGAGGAGACAGUUAAUAGUAUUCGCGGCACAGUUUUAGGGGCUGUGGAUGGUAUUAUUGAAGUGGCGGAAAAUGGAACGGAGAAAGGAAGGAGCAAGGCAAUGGCGUUGUUGAAGAUACUUGAUGCGAGUUCUUGUACCUUUCAAGAGGAGCAGAUGGACUACUUAUCGAACCACUCGUUAUGAGUUGCAGCAGGACUAUCCUGUUAGAUGCAUACAUGCACAGAACCC